GCUUAGGAUGAGACUGGCUCACUUGUCACUGCCAACUGGAGGGAGCACCAACACUGCGCUUAUUACACAGGACACUGAUCAUGCUUCUGCUCGCGGUCACCGUUUCCGUUGCCAACGUGUUUUUUGCUGUUGGAGUAGUUUGCAUGCCCCUGCCGGACCAGGACCCCCAUUUAGCCCACAGCUGGGGCCAGAUGAUCCGGCUCAGGCACCUGUACGCCGCCAGACCGGGACUACACCUGCUGAUCAGCGGGGAUGGACAGAUCCACGGCUCUGCGCACCAGACUCCAUACAGCCUGCUGGAGAUCCGCUCAGUGGACCCGGGAUGUGUUGCCAUCAGAGGAGUAGCAGCUGCACGGUUUCUCUGCAUAGAAGGAGACGGACGGCUCUACUCAUCGCACACCUACAGCAGAGACGACUGCACCUUCAGAGAGCAGAUCCUGCCCGACGGGUACAACAUCUACGUCUCCGACAGCCACGGAGCCCUGCUCAGUCUGGGAAACCACCGGCAGAGGCAGCAGGGUCGAGACCGAGGUGUCCCAGCUCUGGCCCAGUUCCUCCCCAGGAUCAGCACCCUGGACUGGGCCUCAUCCCCCGAUCUGGACGUCCCCGACCAAACAGGACAGAGCGCAACAAAAACAGAAGAACCUGUUGACACGAUGGACUCCUUUGGAAAACUCUCUCAGAUCAUUCACAGCCCCAGUUUCCACAAGAGAUGAGACAGCAGCUUGGAGACACCAGGAGACGCAUGUGUCCUGAGUGUUCUACUUUGUCUGAGGCCUGGAAAGUGGGUGUGGCUGGAGCAGCGACGUGAUCUGCUCACCAUCCCUACACGUCAGUCCACGAUCAGCCUCCUUCUCUCCCUUGGUCCGGGAGCAGACGCCCUAAAGAGAAUGCUAAGUUAGCUUUUAGCUAGCUAUGAAGUGUUAGGUUAAUAGAGAGGUGGUUAAGGUUAAGGUCAGGGCAAGGGUUACAUCACACCUUCAUGUAUAAUGAAUUAUACGUUUGGCCUCAUGUUUAUUAACGACAGCGUCACCUUGUAGCAGAGUUCAGAUAGCUGUCACGUUGUUGGGUUUGUCUUGUACUACCAGUGGUGGGCAUGGCUUGUAGGGCCGUGUCAUGUCGGCUCCAGACAUAAUGUGGUUGUACAUGUCUCUGAAAACAUGUGCUCAACCCUGCAUGUUGCAGAACCAGGAACCAACUGCAGAUCCAGCCAGCCUGCACCCGGAAAGGUUGCUGCAACAUCCUGCCUGUGCUGUCCACACAGACAUGUCCCAACAGAAUACAAGUGCAGUGUCCUAUGGAGCAGAUACACACCGCUACUGAGUAUAAUGUUUAUGUUUGUGUUCGUUUGGAAUAAAGACAAGGUGCAUGAUCAGAUGAAUGAAGAGUAGCACUGACUGGAAAAAGGAAAACUGUAUCAGUCACAGUGCGACGAUGAAGGAGCACCCAGCAUGUGUUUAGACAUUUUACAUCUUAUUCAUGGUGUGUUUUAACACAAAGUUCACCUUCUGACACGUUAGGAAUCUCAGGGCACACAGAGGAAAAACACGUUACUAUCUGUAGAUGAGGAUCAAGAUGUUGAUCACAGAGAUACUUAACUUGCUUUGCCCAGGGGCCACUUUUGCAAAAUGACAGGUGGCCAGUCACAAGAGCCCCACACAGGUCAGCUGUACGCAGGGGCAUUUUUAGGAUAUUAGGACUUUGGCCAGACCUCUGUUGAGAGUCCAGGGGAUCCUUCCCUGGCACUUUAUUUGAUAAACAAGCUCUAUUUUGGUGCUUUUUAAGCACCCUGGCACUUAAUUUAUAAUUAAAGUGCAAAAGAAAUUCCCAGUGUGAAUCCACUUAUUUUAUUGUGAAUUAGAAAAUGGCUCCCUGGCCCACGGGCCGCUGGUUAAGUAUCACUAAUCUAUCGGAUAGUAACUGCAGUUGUUUUCUUGCUGUACUAUAGUUGUAUUUAUUUGGUUAUUUAAAUGUCUAUCAUUUGUUGAGUGCACUUUUGCAUUUACUGUAUAUAUUGAUGUUUCCUGAAUCAGAAUCUGGCGAGUAUGCGUGCACAUACAAAGAACUUGACUCCGUUUUUUGUAGCUGUACACAGAGUAGACAUAUAGUUAAAGACCUUGACAAGAAAGGAGAAUAAGGUGAAUAUAAACAUUUGACUACUAUGUAAAGAUAUAAAUACAUAUAUGUAAAAAGCAGCAGUUUGUAUUGUUUGAUGUUGAAUGUAACCGAUGUGGGAUAAAGUCUUCAUAAUAAAUCUUUCUAAACA